AAGGUUGAUGCCUCUGUGUCAGGCAGGCAUGAAGGCAGUUGCUCUAACUUUCUGUGUCCUCUGCUUUCAGUUUGAAGCCCUGUAUGGAGUUGACAGCUGCUCAUCAUGUGCAUGCAAAAAUAUAGAUCAGGCCCGUAUCUCUGACGCUGAGGUGAUGGUGGAAUUUGAAAAUGGAAACUUCCAUUUCACAUUCCCCAACCCCAAAAAUGUGAGUGAAUUCAGCAUGACCCUCUUCAAAGGGAGUGAAAAGAAGGAAAUCUGUGCACUUCAUUUGAGCAAAGAGAGAGUUAUCUCCAAGAGUAAUGUCACCUACUGUCAGACACAGAAUUCAAGUAGCAGCACCACUUUCAUUCUCAAAAAUCUGGAAAAAAAACAUAUUGACGUUUACACAUACUGGCUGGAGAUAUUCUUACCCCCUCCUUACAUAGAGUGCUGUCUGAAAGAAACCUACUUGUACAUCCAAGAUAAAGAGGACUGCUUUUCACUUGGACUCAUGACGUGGAUUAUUAUCAGCGUGAUCAUUUCUGUCAUUUCCUUUGUCUGCUGUGUUGUGGCCUGUUGCUUAAGGAACAAGAAUCAGAAGUGUGACUCCAACUCCCAUGAGUACAACAGUGAAUACAUGCCCAUGGCAGCAGUGAACGCAGCUAAAAAACCAAGAAUCUGAGGUAUAAGUUGCUUGUGGCAUGGAAAUUUUGGAAGCAGUUUUCCAGCUGCUUGAACUUGGACAAUGGGAAAUCAGCAUUUCCCCACCUUUCUCAACCUCCCUAGGCUCUCAUGAUGGCCCUGUGCUCAGUCAUGUGACUCCCACUAUAGUACUGUUCUGAGCUGUGUUUUGCUCUAGCCUUGUUUGUGAACUGGCACCCUACCUGAUCCACUGACUCACGGACAUGAAAAUAAUAACAAGUUAAAGAUGUCAGCUUUUAGUUGAAGCAA